CCUAGCUCUUUUUUUAAGUUAAAUUUGAAAUACUUCUUUGCUUAUGGUUUAGUAAUCUCCUUUCUGAUUCUCUUUAUGAUGUUGGUGGUGUCCGGGCCAGCUUGGCACACCUCGACUAUUCCACCUGGUACAUGCUACCUCUCACCACGAUAGGUAUCUGGUAACUCGACCACCAAAACAUAGGCUUAGUAAUCUCAUUUCUAUAAGGACAGAAGAAACCAUUUAAAGUCUGAAAAGAAAGAGGUCAAGUUGUUGAUCUUUCGAUGUCCAUUAACUGCAGAAACAAUGCUCGGGAGAGAAGUACCAUGCCCAGUUUUGGUGAAGGUAGAAACUAGGUAUUGAAGCAUUCCUAGUUUUGCCUUGAACAUGAAAUCAAAGUUAAAGAAUGGCUUAUGUUCUGUGGUGCCUCUUCAUUUACAAGGCGAAUCUGCAACACGUUUUUGCAUGUUUCCCAAAGUGAAGUCAGCUUGCUGUAGUCCAGGCAACACACCUAUUUACCUUAAUGUAUACGACUUGACCCCCGUUAAUGGCUAUUUCUACUGGGCAGGCAUAGGUGUCUUCCAUACAGGGGUGGAAGUUCAUGGUGUUGAAUAUGCUUUCGGAGCACAUGACUAUCCAACGAGCGGUGUCUUUGAACUUGAACCUCGACAGUGCCCUGGCUUUAAAUUUAGAAAGUCAGUUUUCAUGGGAACAACAUAUUUGGAUCCCAUCCAGCUUAGAGAAUUCAUUGAGCGCCAAUCAGUAAACUACAAUGGUGACUCAUAUCAUUUAAUUGCCAAGAACUGUAAUCAUUUCUCAGAUGAUAUCUGUUACAGGUUGACUGGGAAGCGGAUACCUAAAUGGGUGAACCGGCUAGCAAGAGUAGGUUCGUUGUGCAAUUGCAUUCUUCCAGAAGCCCUCAAAACUUCCACGGUACAACAUGGCACAAAUGUUCAAAACUAUGACAGUGAGAAGAGGAAACUAAGAAGCUCUUUCAAUUGUUUGUCUUCAAUCUCAAUGCGUCAAGGUGAGAGAGAAGUAUCAAUGUCAUCGCUGUUCUUGCACUCUCACUAUAAAGGCUGCCUUCCACCUUGGGAAUCCAAAAAAUCUAGAAGCAGGUCUUUGAAGGAAGGAUAAGGUCUUCCUUAUUCUCUAUAUGGACAUCCAUUGUGAAUACUAACUUCUUUGUCGGACUACCAUUACAUCGUAUUUCCAUCUUUGAGCGUCUUGUAUGGCGUAGUUGCUGGCCUCUCAUUUGACUGAUGAAUCGUGCUUUGUUGGCUGAGACUUCAUUUGGCUUGCCGGUGGUGAUUUAUGCCAUUUUCUGAGUUCAGAUUCUGGUGUUACAAGUUCUGCUAUCCAGUUCACAUUUUGGUCAUGCAGGAAGAUCACAUUGCUACAACAGCGUCUUGAGUCCCAGAAAUGUACUAUUUGUUUGUUAUUUCUCAGCCACUUUCUUAUUUGAUAUUGAAAACAGAGACGUUCUUGUUUCUUCUGCUGUAGAAAUUUAGGAGCAAUUUUCAAAGGAUUUUCUUAUUCUUGUAUUUUGAAGCUUAUUAUCACUGCAACAUGAACUAUACUCUAUACUGGGAAGACGCACCUGAGAGACUAGCUUAUUUAAGUUUGAAAAAAAAUGAAGUGGUUACUCUUA